UUCCUUUUUUGAAAUCUGCGGAGCUGUGAGACAUCAGAUUAGGUGGGCGGAAAGCACCUUCAGGGCUUCAGCUAUGGCGGCCGAAGAUUCUCCAAACGCCGGAAAAGUCAACAUCGAUGUCGAUGUCGAUGCUAAUCUCGACUCCGAUCCCAAUCCUAACCCUAACGCUAAUGAUUCUUCAAAGGCACUGGCUAUCCCCUCUCCUGCCGUCUGCCUCGUCCGCUUCGCCGGAGAUGCCGCCGGUGGCGCCGUCAUGGGCUCCAUCUUCGGAUACGGUUCUGGAUUGUUUAAGAAGAAAGGCUUAAGAGGAUCGUUUGUGGAUGCAGGCCAGUCUGCGAAGACAUUUGCUGUUCUGUCCGGAGUACACAGUUUGGUUGUAUGCCUUCUGAAGAAACUGCGGGGAAAAGACGAUGCCAUUAAUGUCGGAGUUGCAGGGUGCUGCACAGGCCUUGCUCUCAGUUUCCCUGGUGCUCCUCAGGCGCUGUUACAAAGCUGUCUGACUUUCGGGGCGUUCUCGUUCAUAUUGGAGGGGCUUAACAACAGGCAAACAGCUCUUGCUCACUCUGUCUCGUUAAGACACCGGACUGGGUCUGUCCAAGCUCCUCCUCCUCUGCUCUCUCUCGCUCUCCCGACCCCCGAUGAACUCAAAGGAGCCUUCUCUUCUUUCUGCAAGUCCCUUUCAAAGCCCAUGAAGCUCAAAUUCCCUCCUGCCCCUUGAUCUCUCCCUCUCUCUGGUCGCUGUAGAUGUCGAAUUUUUCUGUUUCGGUGUAACAUUUGGAGAAUCGUUGAAACAGUUGAAUGCUUUCUUGGCAAGAGCCAUCAAGAAAAAAAAGUGUUUUUUCAAGUA